UGGAGUAAUGCAUCAAUGUGAAAUCUCAACAGACAACCUAGCCUGUUAAAAGUUCCAGUAUUUCAGGGUGACUACAGAACACAGAAGCACGAAGGACAAUGGAAUUAGUGGGGCACCGUCUGAAUGAUGCUGCUAGGAAAAUGAUUACAAUUAUACCAGAAAAGUCGCCUUUACAGUUGCUCUGGGACUACCUGCGCCACAAUCACGAGGAGGUGUUGCGAUCACCGCUUUGUCCUGUCGUGAUCUCAGUGACCAUGUAUUUCAUCGCGUGCCUCUUCUACACCCUCCUGGAUGGCCUUUCUUCCGUGAUGCCAGCUGUGAACCGCUACAGAAUACACCCGGAGCAGCCCGUCAAGCUCAAAAGUGUCUUGAAGGCACUGAUGCUCACCUUCUACAAUCACGUGGUCUUUGUGUUCCCAGCAGCGGUUGCCCAGUGGUACUGGAGGCCUCCGCUGCCCCUAGAAGACACAGCUCCCACUGUGUUGGAGUUUGCAAUGGACAUUCUGGGAUGCAUUGUGUUGUUUGACUUCCAGUACUACCUGUGGCACUGGGUGCACCACAAGUCUAAAUGGCUCUACGCUAACUUCCAUGCCAUCCAUCAUGAGUAUUCGCAGCCCUUCUGCUGGGUCACUCAGUACAUGUCAGUCUGGGAGCUGACCAGUGUGGGAUUCUGGACCACCGUGGACCCAGUCCUGCUUGGAUGCCACUCUCUUACCGGCUUCGCUUUUAUGAUAUUCAACAUCUGGGUCUCCGUGGAUGAUCACAGUGGGUACGACUUCCCCUGGUCGCUGCAUAACCUGAUUCCCUUCAACUUGUGGGGUGGCUCUCCUAAGCAUGACACUCACCAUCGGAGUCCUAACACUAACUAUGAGCCCUACUUCUCGCACUGGGAUUGGCUCUGUGGCACAAAUUCUGAAUAUUUGGCUUCGCCAGCCAUGGCUGAAAAAAGAAAAGGAAACAAAAAAUGAUCUCC